UUCUGCCUUCAUCGCGUACUUGGCGCCUUUGGUGCCCCUUAGCUGUUUACUUCUUUAAGGGACUAGAAACUUCUUUUGUUUUUCUUACUUGGUGGAUUUUUGGCAUCCACACUUACUAUAAACCUAACUAGUUGAUGUAAAAUUCUAAUUGAUUUUUAGACAUUUCAAAACAAGAGACUGGCUUAUGCUGUCAAGGAAAGCACUCUUGAUAGUCUAAUUACUGAGCUCCUUCUAUGGCUGUUGGAUGAGAGAAUUCCACAUAUGGAUGAUGGCAGCCAGCUUUUAAAAGCUUUGAAUAUUUUGAUGCUAAAGAUUCUGGUUAAGACUUGCCAUUUCAUUUCUUCCCUCUUCUUUUUUUCAUUUAUUCUUAUCUUGACUCGCAUGUUUUAUUUUAGUCUGAUUUGUUAUUCAACUUUACAGGAUAAUGCAGAUCAAACUUCAUCCUUUGUUGUUCUCAUCAAUCUCUUACGCCCAUUAGAUCCUUCAAGGUGGCCCUCACCUGCAUCAAAUGAGACAUUUGCUGUCAGAAAUCAGAAGUUCUCUGAUCUGGUUGUUAAAUGUUUGAUAAAACUUACAAAGGAAGGCAAUGUUGCCAACCAGAGGGAACAUCUAAUUCUUCUCCUUGCCAAUAUUAACAUUCAGAAAGCUAAUAAGCAGUCUGUCUAGAAGGUAUUCUGAUUGUUAAUUAAGGUUGUAAAGCUUUGGCUUUAACUAAUCCUCUUAUAUAAAUUUGAAUUUAUGAUAUUUGGAGUCUAAUGUCAAAACUGGAUAUUUAUGCAGCAUUGUUCCUUUGUAAAUUUCUAUGUAAUUAGCAUUUGAAACAUUAGUGGUGAAAUUUGGGUUUUCAAUAAGGUCUUCUAUUUCUUUGAAACUCUUUUAUGACUCUUUAAUUUAAGGUCAAUCACUAGAGUCUUGAAUUUAACAUAAGGAUGUAAUAUUUGCUUUUACAUUUACUAUCAUUCUAGUCAUAGAAAUUUAGUAUAGUUUAGUUACAAGUAAUUUAGUUGCUGCUGUUGACAAUUUGUGGUAUCUAAAAGAUGGAAUAUAUACUGUAGUCUUGAAAAAACUUUCAGAAAAUGGUAAGAGCUAUGUGGGUUUUACAGUUUUAUUUUUGUAUGAUACUUCAAGCACUGAUCUGUAGACUUAUCUCAGUUUUUGGUGGAUCCUACUCCAUUUUCUAGGAUCUUGCAGGCAAAGGACACCAAGUGAAUUAGAUAGAGAGGUUAAGAACUUGAGGGUGGCAUUUACUGACCUGUUUUUGAAGCAUAACACUUUCAAAGAAACUGCAAAGCCA